UCGAGAGUCACAGAGCUCCGCGAUCAUCAUGGUGCUGCGGGCGUUGUCGCUCGCACUUCCCUUCGCGUCGCUGCAGGCAGAGUCUUUUGUUGUACCGCCGCCAAGCUUGUCCCUUUCAUCGGCGUCCGGCAGCACCUGGCAUCAACGUGUACAUGUGGGGUCUGUCAGAAAUCCUGCAACAGGCACCACCACCGCGGCGACAGGAGGCCCCAAGCACCCAGGCUUGUUGAUGGAGCUGGAAAACACACAACUUGACCGUCGAGCGCUCCUUCGAACGAUAGGCGGCGCGCUCGCUUCGUUAGCCUCGGCGUCUGCGCUCACGGCGAGCCCGCAACAGGCGGCGGCUGCGGCGGCUGCUGCGGCGGGUACAGCGGUGGGGAGGCGGCCGGGGGCAAAGCGAUCGCCCACGUUCUUGUGCGACGACGCGGUGUCGUACCUCUACAACCCGACCAAGCAGUCCGAGGUUUGGCUCGUGGGGACGGCUCACAUCUCGAACUCCAGCGCAACCCUGGUAGAGAACGUGAUCCGACAAAUCAAGCCUCAGGUCGUGAUGGUCGAGCUCGACGCACAGAGGGUCGGCAGCUUCAUGGAACCGCCAAAGCAGGGAGAAAAGGCUCUGGCUGAUGGUACCGGCAAGGAGAUAUCUCCCCCCGCCGAGAGAACAAGAAACCCCUUUUUCGGCGCGUUCUUCAAGCAGCUGCUCGACCCCAACGUGUCUGUCAACGACAGAAUAACAGAAUUUUUCGCCGCGGCGUUGGGAAAGGCCAUCUCCAAAAUGUACGAGUCCAUGGACCAAAAGGGGCUGUCGUCUGGACAGGAAUUCACCAUUGCCAUCAACGAAGCCAGAGCCUGCGGCGCGAAGCUCCUUCUCGGGGAUAGGGAUGUUCGGAUCACUCUUCGCCGACUGUCGGAGGCGCUGAGAAGUAUAGACCUGCAAGAGAUCUCACAGUCGGGCCAGAUGGAAACGGGGUUGGGGCUCGAGGCGCUGGAUGGCUCCAGCGUCGAAUCGAUCAACUCAAGCCUUGAUAUCCUGAAGAACCGCGAGACGAUGCGGAAGGUGGUCGGCUUCUACAAGGAAGAGGCUCCUGAGCUGUACAACGCCAUGAUCGGCGAGAGAGAUAAGGUAAUGGCCGUAAACCUCAUGGGCCUCGACGGCAAACAGGUGACCGUCGCGGUCGUGGGACUGGCCCACGUGGACGGCAUCGAGGGGAUCCUAAUGGCCAAUGGUUGGAAAUCUCAGCGAUGUUGAAGCGACGAAGCGACAGUUGACCCGUGUCUGUUUCAAGCCUUGGCUGCUCAACAACGAGUACAGCAGUGGAGUUGUGUUCCUGCUGCAAGUGUUGUGGUGCCGCGGCGAUGAAAGGUGUCUCGCAUAGUCGGGUGGUGGUGUGAAAUCUCACACGUUGCCCUUGAUGCUUUCUUUCAUCGUCGAGCCAGUUGUCAACCCCGGUUGAAGGCGUUUAGAUGGCGUCGUGGAGAACCCAGCGGUUUGGUGAAAUUGAGAUCAAAUAAGAAUGUCACCAUCGUCCUCCGGGUUCGACACCUACCCUUAGGACACCUCGUAACUGCACCAAGUGUCUCCCAUGGCGUGAGCGCUGCGGAUGAUAGAGGGGACUUGUUGGAAGGACGCGGCGAUUCUGGAUAACAGAACAUGCCGCGUUGCGCUGUUCCAUUCGUAGUGUGCCCGUGCUCUGGGCUGAAUACCACGAAGCAAGUGGCAUCAUGAAACAAGACACUUUUUUUUUCGUCACUUGUACACAGCGCGUACACCU